GUCACAGUGACACACCCAUCCUUUAACCCUGCUGCUCUGCUCCAGUGUCCACCCCUCUCUCUCUCUAGUAAACGAGCUGAGCUUGCUGGGUGGCCUUCCCCUCCGCUUCACACUUCUCUCUCGCACUCACUGCGGAAGUGCCGGCCACCAGCUUCCUCCCCACCCCAUGGCUCGUCGCCUCCUGCUCCUGCUCCUCGUCGCCGCUGCCGCCGCCGCCCCGGCCUCGUCGCAGUCGCCGGCCGCCGCGCCAUCCGCCUCCAGCUCCGGCGCCGCCCACUCCCCCACUUCCUCCUCCUCAGCCACCGCCGCCCCAGGCCCUUCCUCCUCCACCUCGUCUCCCCCCACGUCCAAGCACCGCCCCGUCUCCACCUCCCCCGCCGCGUCCCCCUCCCACGCCGGGACCAAGCUCACCUCCCCGGCUGUCUCCCCGUCCGCCACGUCGUCCCCGCCGGCCCCUCCGCCCACACUGCCUCCCCCACCCACUCCCGCCCCCAUCACCUCCUCCCAGCCGCCGGCAUUGCCUCCCUCUCCCUCCCCCUCCCCCCCUGCCACCACGCCGGCGCCGGCACCCGUGACCGCCGCCGCCCCUCCCGCCGCGUCCUCCCCGCCGGUGCCCGCGCCGACGCUCCCUCCCCCCUCGCCGGCGCCGGCCUCGUCCCCUCCGGCCCCGGCGCCCGUCGUCCUCGCCGCCCCCGUCCCCGCGCCGGCCGCCCGCGCCCCGGCGCCCGGCAAGAAGCCGGCGAAGAAGAAGCGCGCGGCCCCCGCGGCGUCCCCGCUCGCCGCCGCGUCCCCGGCCACCGGCGCCGGCCUCGCCCCGGGCCCCGGGCCCUCCACCGCCGACAUGAUGAGCGACGCGGCGAGGAGGCUGGCGGCGGCGGGAGGCCCGGCGACGGCGGCACUGGUGCUGCUCUCGCUGGCGGUGGGCCCGGCGCUGGCGUGAGGGGAGAGAUGAUUGGGGCCACCUGCCAGCCGUCCACUGCCGCUGUUAUUAUCAUAAUCGCUGCCUUAACCUCUGUAUUUUGUGGUGUGAAUUGUGUGUUGGAGUUGGACAGAGAAGAGCUGCUGGGGCUGUAGUGUAGGUCUAGACUAUCUGGAAUUCAGCGAGCUGGGACAAGCAAAUUUCACAUCACCACUGUAUUUCGUAUUUUUGUGCUGG